AAGUGAUGCUUUGUUGAGAAAUUUUGAUGCUUUAUAUUCCCGGGGAUUACUUUCUAGGAUUGUUAUUGAUGAAGCGCAUUGUAUAAGCCAGUGGGGACAUGAUUUUAGACCAGAUUAUCAGGGACUUGGAAUUUUGAAGCAGAAGUAUCCUAAUACACCAGUGCUAGCUUUAACAGCUACUGCAACAGCAAGUGUAAAGGAAGAUGUCGUGCAGGCUCUAGGCCUCGCAAACUGCAUUGUUUUCAGACAGAGUUUCAAUCGCUCAAACCUAUGGUAUUCUGUGGUCCCCAAGACCAAGAAAUGUUUGGAUGAUAUUGAUAAAUUUAUCAAGGACAAUCAUUUUGAUGAAUGCGGAAUCAUUUACUGCUUGUCAAGAAUGGAUUGUGAGAAAGUGGCUGAAAAGUUGCAGGAAUGCGGACACAAAGCAUCUUUCUAUCAUGGUAGUAUGGAUCCCCAACAGAGAGCCUUUGUUCAAAAGCAAUGGAGUAAAGAUGAAAUAAACAUAAUAUGUGCCACUGUAGCCUUUGGCAUGGGUAUUAACAAACCUGAUGUUAGGUUCGUGAUUCAUCAUUCUCUACCUAAAUCUAUAGAAGGUUAUCAUCAGGAGUGUGGGCGUGCUGGCAGGGAUGGCCUUCGCUCAUCCUGUGUUUUGUAUUAUAAUUAUAGUGACUAUAUUAGAGUAAAACACAUGCUUACUCAAGGAGUCAUAGACCAAAGUCCCUUUGCUGCUGGGUCUAGGCGAAAUCUUCCGGCUAGCACUGAUAGAGUAUUGGAAACAAAUAUUGAGAAUUUGUUGCGCAUGGUUAAUUAUUGUGAAAAUGAUUCAGAUUGUAGGCGCUUAUUGCAAUUAAUUCAUUUUGGUGAAAAGUUCAAUCCUUCAGACUGCCAGAAGACAUGCGAUAGUUGUUCCAAAAUGUUGAAUUCCAUUGAGAGAGAUGUCACUGAUAUUGCUAGGCAACUGGUGGACCUCAUUAAAGAAACAGUUCAGCAGUUUUCGAUGUCUCAUAUUCUUGAAGUAUACAGGGGCUCAAUGAGCCUAAAUAUCAAGAAAUACAAACAUGACACUUUGAGACUUCAUGGAGCUGGUAAACACCUGCCGAAAGGCGAAGCAUCCAGAAUAAUUCGCCAUUUAGUGAUUGAGGACAUUCUUGUGGAGGAAGUCAAGAAAAGUGAUGCCUAUGGAUCCAUAUCUUCUGUCUUGAGGGUGAAUGAGUCUAAAGCAUGCAGACUUUACUCUGGUGAACAAAUACUCACACUGAGGUUCCCUUCAUCUGCAAAGGCAUGGAAGAGCAAAUCUGAAGUGCCACUUGCAAAGGCUUCAUCAUUUACAGAAGCUUUGCGUUCUCAACAGAACAUUUCUGUUGAAGCACAAAAUGAAGCUGACUUGCUAAAUAAUUUAUCAGCCAAACUUUAUGCUGCUUUGCGUAUGCUCAGAACUUUACUUGUAAAAGAAGCAGGGGAAGGGGUCAUGGCUUACCACAUUUUUGGAAACGCUACUCUGCAGCAAAUCAGCAAAAGAAUACCAAGAACCAAGGAAGAACUUCUCGAGAUCAACGGCAUUGGCAAGGCAAAGUUGCUGAAAUAUGGAGAUCGCGUGUUGGAAACCAUAGAAUCCAUAAUCAGAGAGCAACAUAGAGGAAGCAAGAACAGCAGCAGUAGCAGCGACAAUGAUGCUACCAAGAGAAGAAGAGGCUCCACUUGCAUAGAACCUGUAGCAAAUGACGAUGACUUCGACGAAAGCACUAUUCAAUCCAAGAAGAGAGCAGUGAAGGUUAUAAAUGGUGGAAAAUGCACGCUGGAAAAUCUGAACAUUUCAAGCUACAAUGAUCGUUUUAUCGAUCUGGAAUUGGAUGGAUCUGAAUUAUGAUACGCAGAAUGGGCGAUCUAUUGCAAACAACAAAGAUGUGCCUUCUGGGAGAGGCUUGCCUUGUGUUUCAAAUCAGGCAAAUAAGGGGACUGUAAGUAUUCGAUAUGUUUAUUCAUGAGUAGCCCUUCAAGCAGUUCUGCUUCUUCUGAUGGGCUGGGUUUGGAAGCUUCCAUUCUUGUCAGGAUCUGCCUCGCUAGGUUUGUAUAUGGGAGGUGAAAGUAAAUUUAAUUAUUUUGUCUUAUAUGCUGUUGGUAAUAGCCGUUCAUAGCAACUUGUGCGUAUUUUGUUUUACAUUCAAGCUUGUCAUUGCCAAUGCGUCGUUGUAAGUGAUGUUAAAGAUAACUAUUAACUAUACGAUAAGGCCCAGGUUUGAUUAAAAACAAAAGCCUGACCAGACAACGGCUUUUCAAGCUCCU